GCUGUCGGAAGGUCCCGAUUUGUGCGGGGGAGCGGCGGGGGCAGCGGCACAACCCCGCACCGCACCGGCCCCGCACCGGCCCCGCACCGGCCCCGGCAGCGGCCCCGCACCGCCCCCGCACCGCCCGGCCCCGCUCCGCUCCGCUCCGCUCCGGAUCGCUCCCGCACCGCCCCGCACCGCCCGCUCCGCCACUACCUCAGCGCCCGCCGCCGCUCCCGCGCCCCGGGAAGGGCCUUUGCACUGAAGCCAAGAACCUCAGAAUUGCACUACACACCAUUGAACUCAGCUACGAUUUCACUAGCAGAAGCAUCUCUGCCCUGCCAAGACCUCCAGUGUUGUUUCCCCUCCCUGCCCGUCGCUCCCGUCUCUGCUCCUGGAAGCCGGUGCUCAGCAGUUGAUCCAAGUCACCGUCCAUCCCACUGGACUGCUCCCCACCAUGUUUCAGCGUCUCACCAGCCUCUUCUUCAGUGACAGUAACACUCAGGAGGGCUUAGAGGAGCCCAAACCCUUUGUUGAGGAGGAGGAGGAGGAGGAUGGCUGGCUUGUAAUUGAUCUUGCAGGCAGCCGAGCCCGCCCCAGCCCAGCCCGGCGAGCGGCUGCCGGUGGGACCGGGCGCUCGGUGCGAUCCCGCCCGGCCCCCCCCGGCCCCCCAGCACUGCCCUCCCCUUCCCUGGCUGGUCCCUGCUUGAUGGACGAGAGUUGGUUUGUCACCCCUCCCCCCUGUUUUACUGCAGAGGAGCCGGGCCCCGGCGGCAUGGGCAGCAGCCCCAUGGAGGACCUGCUGAUCGAGCACCCCAGCAUGUCUGUCUACAUCACCAGCUCCCUCGAGGUGGACGGGGAGGGUCCCGAGGAUGAUGCUGCCGGGGAGGUGCCGGAGCCGCGGCCGGAGCGGCGCGUCCCGCACCACGGCCGCGCCCUGGCGCUCAAGGCCGCCGUCCUGGAGCAGGCGGGGCAGGCGCGGCGGGCGCAGCGGGCGCGGCAGCGGGCGGAGCGGCCGCGGCUCAGCCAGAAGGCGCUGCAGCGGCAGAACCGGGCCCUGCAGCGGCAGAACCGGGCCCUGCAGCGCCCGCCGGGCCGCGCCGGCACCGUCCUGCACCAGCCCUGCCAGCGCCGCGGCAACUACUGACCCCGCCGGGCCGCCCCACGCACACCGGCCCGCGGGGUCACCCCGCAGCCGCCCGCCCAGCCCCCUGCUCCGUCUCCCCCUUCCUCCCCAUCCUCCUCGCUCCCUUCGCCCCCGGCGCCGGCCGCGCCAGCAGCCCCUGCCAGCCCGGGGGGGCCGCUCCCCGCCCCGGCAGCCUUGACGCGGGAACUCGGUAUUCCUGCGGAAAUCCCCCGUUUCCAAAACCCAUGGACGAGCCUGUUUGUCCUGCCGAGCCUGUGACAUCAGUGCCUUUCUUCACACCCUCAUGACUCCACGUGCAGCCAGACUGGGACCUCACAGAGACACCAAGGGGAAGCAGAAAGAGCAACACAGCAGGAAGCUUGGGGAGUUUUAAGAAAAAUCUCAUCCGUGACACUAAUUAAUGCUUCCUCCCCCCAAACCAGCAAAUACCUCCCCUCCAUCCUUGAUUUCUUAACUACAUUUUUACCACAAUAAGACAAAAAACCCCCACUGGCGGUCCCAGAAGGGCUUGUUGUGGGGAGGAGCUGGUGGAACCCUCGGUCAGCCCCGUGGCUUGUGGUGCCUCGUGGCACUUUUUUUAAAGACAACCUUAAAAGCAAAUCUCAGGAAACAAAGCACCAUCCCAGCCUGGCCAGAGCCCUGGGGGAUGUCCGGCCUGCAGCCAGCGGUAGCAUCACCACCACUGAGCCAGCCCCCUCCUCCUGGAGCCACGCGUCUGCCCAAGCCCCACCUGCCUGUACACGGGAGUGUCUGUGUCUCUGUGUGCCCUUGUGCUGGGAAGAGGCACCGCUGAAGCCACAGAGCAUCAGCUGCCUGGUGUCAGCCCUGGGAGGGGAGCAGAGCAGGGACCUGUGCAGCUUCCCCGAGGUGGCAACAGCAUGUCGAACCUGGUGGUGAAGAGAUGGUUGAAGAGGAGGCCAGAGGGAAGAGGCUGAAGAAAAUGCCAAGAUGGACCUGGGAGCAGCGGUGAAGGGACAGGAUGGGGCAGGCCCAGGGUUGCUGCAGUGGAGCUGUAACAGGAAUGCCUUCUUCCCCCGUUAGAACCUGCAUCCUUUCCCCUGCAGGGCCAAAUUCCAUCAUGAGCAAAGCUCUUUUUCAUGCCAAUCCCUCCCCUCCCCAUGGUGGAAUCGUUCUGCCUCCCGAAGGACACACUCCAGACUUUUCACUGACUCCAGCACCAGCCGAAGUAGCUCAAAAUCCAGCAGAAACGUGCUGAUCCCUGCCCCCAGCUCCUGUGCCCCAGAGAUGGUCUGGCCAUCCUCCUGCUGGUGGCCAGCCCACCGCCUGGGUUGAGACGGGAUAUCCUCACACCCCCCAAGAAACCUGCUCAUUUCACAAGAGUUUCUUCCAUUCAUCAUGUUACAUCCCUUAGUAUCAGCUCGGGACCUAGCUUGAAGGAAUGGUGGCAAACCCAACUGCAGCUGGUAUUGAUUGAUUGAUUAAAAACAAAAGGAACCCUCCGACCAGCACCAGCCCCAGCUCUGCUCGGAGCCCGGGCUGCAGCAUUUACCCUUCACUCCACUGACACAGCGUUCCCAAAAGCACAGAGAGAACGAGAAACCAAUUCCAGAUACCUCUUUUCAGCCUUUCCCUUUCGGUUCUUCCAGGACAGCUUCUUGUUUUGAGUCCUCCCGAGACCUGGUGCCCUCAACACACCAGUGAGGUGACGGCUCCUGCCCCUCUGGCGGCUCGUGUCCUGCCCUGCCACGCUGCUUUGUCCUGCUGCCUUUUGCAGCCUUUCUGGUGGCACAGGAGCUGACGUGUCACGCCAGGUGGUUUUUCAGCAGCCUGGGGAGCCCAGCAAGACACCGGGUCCCGCUGUCCAACCGAAGACCAGGUUGGAGCUUGUCUUGUUUCACUCCUGGUGUCUUCUCAGCAAAGAGACUGAUGACUCCGUGACUCGAGGGGAACGUUUACAUCCCUUGGCUCCACGUGAAAUGCCUUUUCCCUUCGAGGUGCAGUCCUAGGGGGGCUGGCUCAGGCAGGGCCAGGCCGGAGCUCCCGGGUGCCCGGUGGCUGCUGAGCUGCUGCCCUCCCGGGCUGCUCCUCCCGGGUUGGAGAUGUUGGUCUCUGCAGCCACCGGGCAACAGUGUUGGAAAAGCAUUUCCUGCCUAGCCCAAAUAACGUAUCAAGACGUGGACAAGCUGAGCAGUGUCCUGCCUCCCAGCCCACUCUCCACUGCAAAUUCUCCUGCUGCGCAUCCGAGCUGCUGCCAGGCCCUCUGGAGAGCUGCUAACGCAGAGGUUGGUGUGGCAGUCGCCCCCUGCACAGCCCCUGGGCAAGAUGGGCUGGGAGCAGCGUCCCUGGGCUGCAUCCUGCCACGUCUUGCCUGCCAGCCUUCCUGUGCCCACCUGCCUGCUCACAAACCAUACCCCAGGAGGAGCAAACCCUCUCCAAAAUCCUCCUCUGUGUCCUGCUCAUCCCUCAGGAGCCAGAAGCCCUUGGCUGUGCUCCCAGGGGGCUCAGUGUCCAUGGCAGGCACCCAGCACCCAUUUCAAAUGGCUGAUUCCAUCCCAUUUUUUGGAAGCAAAUGCAACCUGUUUUCUCCUUUCUGUGCCAGUCUGAGACACCUUGCAUCACGCUGUGCCCAGCCAGCACAGGACAUGAAGCAGAACUAUUAUCACACUUUAUAUCAAGAGUAUGUUUAUAAAGGAUUAAUAAAUUAUUAAUAACUUUUUCAUGAAGAGGUUAAUCCAGAGUCCUACCAUCCUGCAGGUCAACAGAGUAUACUUGCCACAGCAUAUAUGGGCUCUUGUGACCACCCCCCCCUUCUGUUGGUUGCACACUUGCUUGUGUAUUAACAUCUAAUAAUCACCUGUUAACCCCCAUGCAAAGUGACUGUUGACCCACCAGUGUGACCAACCCUUUUCGUGCUGUGCAAACUGUCCUUUGCAGAAGCCCUGCAAUGCUCCUCUCCUGCCCAACAGGGAGCACAAGACCUGGCCUGAUACCAAAUCUCCUGCCCAGUGUUGCCAGAGCAAGAAAACCUUCACACGGAGGUUUCCAUCCUCAUUGAAUCUUAAAAAAGAAAGGUGCUUAAAAACUGAGAACUUUUUCCAUGUAUGCACACCUGUGCAUGUGUAGAUAUUUCACAACACAGCGUGGGUGCUUGGUAGGUUGUUUAGGGUGUGGGGUUUUAGUUUUUUAGGGGCUUGUUGGGUUUUGUUUUUUUUUUUUGCACCGAGUAGUUCCAGUGUGUGACAAGCUGUGUGAUGUUCCCAGCAGGAAGGUGAAGCCAACAUGCUGCUGGCAGGAGGCCCUAGGGCUGUGUCCUGCUUGGGUGGCUGGGUUGCUUGCUUUUCCUUCCUUGUGUAGGGGGGAACUACAGCCUGGACCCAGGGACAAAAAAAUAUGUUGGGGUCUUUAAAAAUGUGGGGCUUUUUUCUGGGCUUCUCUGCUCAUCUGUGGGUUUUGUUCCUGUCUGUGAGGCUGUGGGCAGCACAGUGCUGGAAGAUACUGCAGGGACGUGGUGAGGGGCUGUGCAGGCUGUGGGACCUUGGGAGAGCUGCAGGUCUCCAUGCUCCACCACAACACCUGCCUGGAAAAGGAGCUGUGGCCACUUGGAGUGAGACCAUCCCUGAGCAGCAGCCCCUGCUUGUCUGCCCGUACCCCCAAGGUUCACCUUACAGCUGGUGGGAUGUGGCUGGUCCCUCUUUGGCCUGGUUUGUGAGCAACCAGGUAGAGAUUUGAAGCAAUGAGGCCCUGCAGGUUGGGGAAGGGAAGCAGAGCUUCCUGUGCCAGCCAUGGCCAGCCUGGCUCCCACCACAUCCCUGGGGUCAGAAGGUAGCUGGGGUGGGGAAGCUGCUGGAGUGAUGGGGUGGAGCAGGUGACAGAUUUGUGGGAGGAAAUGUUUGUAUUUCUUGCAAUGAAAGCCUGAAAAAAACCAAAAAAGAGAGUAAGACUUCCCCAGGGGAGAGAAAUGGGCAGGUCUUUGUUCAGCAAAAGCCAGCUGGGCUGGGCAGGGUGGCAGGGCCACAGCCCUGGCUGCCGGGGGCUCUGGUCCCACAGCAGCUCCUCAGCCCCGUGCUGGGAUCACAGCGAGGAGCAGGCAGGAAUGGGCAGGCUGGGGGCUGCAGAUGCUGGAUGGACAAGGCAGGAAAGACCCUUCCCACUGCUCAAAGUCUCCAUGGUGUAGGGGAUCUCUAAGCAAGGCACGAGAGCUUUGCAUCUCAGUUACCUUCUUUGGGUACGGGGCAGCCUGGCUCCAUACCAUGGAUGAGCUGUGCAACCCACCUCCAGGAGCAGCUCCCCACCUGGCCCUGCUUGCUGCCCCAUGUCAGGGCCAUCUGGUGGCCAUGGCACGGCCACAGCACACGCAGGGACACCUCCCCAGCAGCCACAGCAACGUCUUUUCACCUCAGUUUGGCUCUGGCUGCACUGCAGGGCUGGAGGCACAGCUGCACUGCUGCCAGGGCUAAAGCCCUUGUCACCUGAGGCUCAGAAACCUGCACCCACAAAUGUGCUUUCAAAAAAUCUCGGCUGUAGAGACUCCAUCUGGAAGGAAAACGAUUCUUUCCGUGGGAGUCAGCUUUUCUUUCUCAUGAUGGAUAACGUGAACACAUGGUCAUUCCAAAGACCAAGGCCACGCAAGCCUCACUCCUCCUUUAGGCAUGAUUCUCAGCACUAGAUCUUUUUACAUAUACUUCUUACUGACACCUCUUCCUCUUCAUCCAGUCCCACUGGGGAGUUAAAAAAACCCCAACCUUGUAGAUGUCUUGUCAUACCAGUUAGAAAAAAAACAAAAGACCAACCAACCAAACAAAAAAUAUGAAAAAUACUCCAGAGAGGUUCUAGACUUGAAUGGCACAGCUUUGCAGUUGCUUCUAGGAAGGAUAAAUAUCAGUUCCAGUGCCCUUCAUAAAGUGGAAAUUAAAUUUCAGGUGAAUUUCUUGAAAAAGAAGCGAGUCCCCAGGGAUUAAAUCAUGUCAGAAUUAGAAAAUGGGCAGUAAAAAGCGAAGGGACACCUCAAGAAAAAUGGUUCUCAACAUCUGCCUGUUGGUGCUUGGCAGAAGGCAGCACUGAGCCCUGUCCCCUUGUGCUGGGGCUGGGGUGGUGGCAGCCCCCGAGUCUUCCCCCAGUGUCUGGGUUUAAAACAAGAGGCCACUUGUGUCCAGCUGGUGCCAGGGUGACUCUCCAGCCACAGGGGACUAUCAACAGCCACCCUGUCCACAGGAGGCCCAGUGGUGCCUCCAGUUUGCUGCACCUCCUUUGCUGUCCACACUCAGAAAGAGCUGCUGGCAGCAGGAGGGACACCCCGGCAGCCCAGCAUGUCCCCCCAGGCCUCAGAGAUUCCUCCAUGUCCUUCUCCAGCACAGGACUGUGGCUGGUGACCUUCUCAGCACAGCUGCUCGCAGGGACCAGAGCCUGAGGACAGACACCCACCACACUCAUGGCCUCUCCGCCCCAGAGAGGACCAUCCAUCCUCUCAAUCACCAUCAGACCAGCCAGGGACAUUAAAGAGCCUUGCAUGGGGUUGAUAAUCUUGGGGCUUGUCUUCUUCAAGGUAGAGCUUUCCAUCUCUACCCAUUUCUCUCAGAUGUGCCCAAUAUAAUAUCAAAGCAAUUAAUGAUUUCCCUGCAUCCUCAAGGGCUCAGUCCUCACUCCAUUAACAUGAAGUGGUGGGAGAGGCUACACAUGGGUGGCAAGUCCCUCUUUUGGUGAGAGGUGUCCUCAGACCUUCAGGAGACUCCUUCUUGACUCCAGGGUGCCAGGCACAGCUUGUGCAGAGGGUCUCUCCACAGCCUCCCCUUUCAUGCCAUUCAUCAGCCUUUCCUUUUGCUGCUUCACAGAGAUUCAUGUCAUAAACCCCUCCCUGGAGGUCUUCAAAGCCAGGUUGGAUGUAGCCUUGAGCAACCUGGGCUGGUGGGAGGUGUCCCUGCCCAUGCAGGGGGUUGGAACUAGAUGAUCUUUAAGGUCCCUUCCAACCCAAACCAUUCUAUGGUUCACCAAACCCGUGUCUCUUCACUUAGAAGGUUGAGGAUGACCAAGAUGAGCAUCUCCAUGUAAUAACAAAGAUGGUCUUACUUGUGGUCCUUUUUUGAAUUUCAAAAAAGACCUUUUUUUUUUUUUUUUUUUUUUGUACAGAGAGGUGACCCAGGUGUCUCCCCUGGCACUCACCAGGAGCUGACCCUGGCUGUGGGGGGGUUGAUUUCCCAGCCCCACACCCUGAGCAAGAGCAAAGCUCUGCUAGAGGGAUGAUGCCACCUGCUCCAGAGCAUCAACACACCCACAAAUAGAGAGGGGACAUCAGCACAGUAAAUUGAAAUGUUCCUUGAAAAGGAGCUGCCCAGGGGAGCCCUGAGUUUCUCCUCUGCUUCACAUUCAUCUUGUGUAUCCAGGGCAGCUGGAAGCCCAAGUCUCACUGAGAUCCUGCCCUCAGCUUUGGAUCGACACGUUUGGGGCAAUCUGGGGCUAAGGGAAGAGCAGAGGGGCUGCAGUAAAAUAGUGAUGUUUUCUCUUGUGUAAUAAUUGUGUCUGUAGGGAGGCACUGAGCACUGCAAUACUCUAGUUGUAUCAUCCCAGGUGUUGUGCUGGCCAGACACCAGGUGCAUCAUCCACCUCCACGCUGGACUGACCCUACAUGUGCCUUUCACCCUUUGUCAUGGUUUGUCACCUUUUCUUUCAACACAACUGCAGAACUUGAAUCAAUCAGUGAUCUAUGUCUAAAAGUCCUAUGCAAGAGAUGACUGGGGAGUCACUUUUUGGUGUUCCUGUGUUUCUGUGUUGUUUUCAAAGUAGACAACUGAAAAGCAUUUAGCUUUUUUUUUUUUUUUAAAUUAUUUUAGCUAAAAAUUAUUUAGCAUUUUAGAUGCUGAACUUCUUUGAAAAGCUCAGCCUAGCCCCCCAGUUCCUCACUGGUUUGUGCGAAGGGACUGAGCAGCAGCAGCAGAGCUUUGCCAGGAUGGGCAGCAGAUCCAUAGCCAGUGUUCCCUUCAAGGAAAAGGAAGAGCUACUGGAUUGGAAAAGUUGCCUUAAGCCUUCCCUAAAAUGUCCUGGAGCAGCUUCUUGUCCCAGCAGCCCCUGGUGUGCCCAGCUGGGUGCAGAGGUGCCCACACAGCAGCUCCAGGUGACAAUGGGGAAACUGCACCACCGAGAUCUUGAGAAGGGGGGGGGAAACAAGCCCCACAUUUUUCUACAUCACCUUUUCUCUAGGACUGAAACCUCAUCUGAACCUCCAAGCUAACAACAUCUGUCCUUUCUGUGUGUUACGUGCUCAGGGGGUGUGAGCAGGGGGAGCAGGGCAGGGCGGCUGCUUCUCCUGGGACGUGGCUCGAACAUCUGCUGUGGCAACAGACUGAAGGACACGACUGCCUGGGAUAUGUUAUGUGGUGUGUGUGUGUGUUUGGUUGUUGGGUUGUAAUGCUGUCUUUUGACUGAAAAAAACCACACCACACUAAUGUAAAGAAAAAAAAAACACACAAAAAAAACAAACCACAAAAAAACACACAAAAGAAAUAAAAAUAAGAUCUAUUUAAA